AUGAAAAUGGAUAUCAAUAUCACGCGUGUAUCAAUAUCAGCACUCCGUACACAGCCACUACGUCCAGAGGACACAGACAUAACACAAGACACCAAGAUUCCCUCGUUCAAGGGAAUAACUGCAAUUCAAGACCCAAUCACGGAGGGAAUUCAAGAGUUACCAGCACUUUUCAGUACUAGUUAUAGGACAGAUUGCUCCAGUGUAACGCACAUGCAACCCUUUGAUAAUGAUCUUAAUGAAAGAAAAACGGCAAUACAGAAACCAAACCCCACAAAAACUAAUAACGUUGACUUCGCAAAGAAUGGAAAAAAGAAAUCCUACAUCCGAUAUACUCUUCAUCGGUACUGUGGGCCACUGCCCAAUACUUUAGUAUAA